UAUUAUUUCCGAAAGACGCACUGAUUGAUUAUCGCUUCUUAUAUUCGGACCGAAUAAUCGAGGGACGAUGGUGAAUCCAGGCGGUAACACCCAGGCGGCACCGGUCGGAGCAGGAUCCAUGUCGUGGAAACGUUGCGCGGGCUGUGGAGGAAAGAUUGCAGAUCGUUUCCUCCUCUACGCCAUGGACAGCUACUGGCACAGCCGCUGCCUUAAAUGCUCGUGCUGCCAAGCUCAGCUCGGAGAGAUUGGUACCUCCUGCUACACCAAGAGCGGCAUGAUCCUCUGCAGAAACGACUACAUCAGGUUAUUUGGGAACAGCGGGGCGUGCAGCGCCUGUGGUCAGUCCAUCCCUGCAAGUGAGCUGGUCAUGAGGGCACAGGGGAACGUGUACCACCUCAAGUGUUUCACAUGUUCUACCUGCCGGAACCGGCUGGUCCCUGGAGAUCGGUUCCACUACAUCAACGGCAGCUUGUUCUGUGAACACGACAGACCCACAGCGCUCAUGAACGGCCACUUGAGUUCACUGCAGACGAACCCACUACUUUCUGAUCAGAAGGUUUGUUAGGGGGGAGGAGGUUGCUCAGAGUGGCAUGUGUGCCUUCAUUCCAGCCCUCGCUCAUCGUCACUGAAGAUCUCUCAGUCCUGACCGCCAUCCUCCUGUUUCCCUCUCCUCACCUCCAAAGUUUCAGUACUACCCCAGCACAACCCUAGCACUACCCUGCCAGGACCACGGCUUCCCCCUACAAUACUUCACAACCCCUCAGUACACUUUUUCCAUCCACCUGUGAUCCCGACCCUGACUCCUGAACAUCGGCGGAUUCCCAGCGUUUCUGCGCUUCCACUGGAAAACUGAGAACUCCAUGAAUUAACGGAGACUGAUCUGAUAUCCGAGAGACUCACAGCCGGAGAGAGACGGUGAAGGAGAGAUACAGACUGAGUGAAAGGACAUUUCGGGUUAAAAAAAGAGAUAAAGUUAAUCAGCUGCAGCUUUUUAAAUCACAGAAGUUCGUACAGUUGCUUGUUUGAUAAUAAGAGGAAAACAGACUUUUUUCUUUUUAGUUUUGUCUUGCUUUUGGUAUUUCCUGCUCUAUUCUCUUUUUCUUCACAGACACACUUUCUUCACUAUCUAUAUUUUAAAUGUUUUAAAUGUAAAAGGGAAUGUGUUUCAUUUUUAUUUUAUUUUAUUUUUGGGUGAUUUAAAAAAAAACAAAAAAAACAAAAGGAUUCCCAAAAUGAUCUGUGGCUUUUUUUUUGUGCGAAAACGAAUCAUGAACACUCUUGGUGUAUUUGUAAAAGUUAUCACGUAUGUAUGCAUGUAAAUGUUUUUCGUCCAGACGUGGCUACCGUACAUCCUCCACGUGACCUGCCCCACCACACCCCAGACCCCGCCUUGUUUUUCUGAAACCUGAAACCAUGGCGACAAAGCUCCAUUGCUGUUCACUUGUAAAUGCUGAAUGAGAGAGAAUCUAUUUGUGAUAUUUUCAGAGACAUUGGCUCCAGUAUGUUGUAUUUAAUUAAUAAAAAUCUUAAGAUAUA